AUGAAGCUGCUGCGGCGCGCGGGCCGGCGGCGGGCGGCGCUGGGCCUGGGCGCGCUGGCGCUGGGCGGUGCGGCGCUGCUGUACCUGACGCGCUGCGCGCCCGCCGGCCCCGCGCCCGCGCCCCGCGCCGCCGCCUUCCUGGCCGUGCUGGUGGCCAGCGCGCCCCGCGCCGCCGAGCGCCGCAGCGUGGUCCGCGGCACGUGGCUGGCGCGGCGCGGGGCCCCGGGCGACGUGUGGGCGCGCUUCGCUGUGGGCACGGCCGGCCUGGGCGCCGACGAGCGGCGCGCGCUGGAGCGCGAGCAGGCGCGCCACGGGGACCUGCUGCUGCUGCCCGCGCUGCACGACGCCUACGAGAACCUCACGGCCAAGGUGCUGGCCAUGCUGGCCUGGCUGGACGAGCACGUGGCCUUCGAGUUCGUGCUCAAGGCCGACGACGACUCGUUCGCGCGGCUGGACGCGCUGCUGGCCGAGCUGCGCGCCCGCGAGCCCGCGCGCCGCCGCCGCCUCUACUGGGGCUUCUUCUCGGGCCGCGGCCGCGUCAAGCCCGGGGGCCGCUGGCGCGAGGCCGGCUGGCAGCUGUGCGACUACUACCUGCCCUACGCGCUGGGCGGCGGCUACGUGCUUUCCGCGGACCUGGUGCACUACCUGCGCCUCAGCCGCGACUACCUGCGCGCCUGGCACAGCGAGGACGUGUCGCUGGGCGCCUGGCUGGCGCCCGUGGACGUGCAGCGCGAGCACGACCCGCGCUUCGACACCGAGUACAGGUCCCGCGGCUGCAGCAACCAGUACCUGGUGACGCACAAGCAGAGCCUGGAGGACAUGCUGGAGAAGCAGCAGACGCUGGCGCGCGAUGGCCGCCUGUGCAAGCGCGAGGUGCAGCUGCGCCUGUCCUACGUGUACGACUGGUCCGCGCCGCCCUCGCAGUGCUGCCAGCGGAAGGAGGGCAUCCCCUGAGUCCCCGCGCGGUUCCGGGGGCCGCCGACUCGAGGGGGACCUGGUCUGUCCCGCGACCGGGGGGUGGGGUGGGGCUGUGGGGCAGGCGCCCAGCAGCCUCUCGCCACACCUGGCUCGCGCUCCCGUGCCGCGACCAGGGCUGUGCGCCUCGGCGCCGCGCACGUGGCCUCGCUCCGGAGGAUCUUGCGGGCCCCGAGGCCCCUGGGGUUGCCAGCGCAGCGCGUCCUGCCCGGGCAGCGGCGGCCCAUCCGCGGAUCUCGGCCCGCAGGAGCGCAGCCUGGCGCGGCUUUGGACGCGAGGGCGGAACAGACUUCCCGGCCACCGCUGGCCCGCCGCUCCCCAGCGCCCCGAGGUCGCGCGUCCACCGUCCACAUAGCCAGCCGCAGGCCGCCUGCAGCUUAGCUGCGAGCUGUCAUCAAACGGCUUUUGCCGGUUUAUUCUGAUGGCUUAACUUUCUUCUGUGUCUCAUGUCCGCAUCAUUUGUCAUGUGUGUCUAAGAUUUCACUUGGUUUACAUGAAUUGUAAUAGCUUUAAUGGUGUUUUGGUCUAUGUCUCCUUAGAACGAAUUUGUGGUAAAUAUUUGGCAAAUAUA